UUGGAACGGUGUCAGUGAUAAUAAGCGUUUCAUAAAUCCUUUUUCAAUUUAUAGAAUAUUAUGUAUUAUGUAUUUUUAAUAUAUGACACACAGUCAAUUGUAUACUCAAUUGUAAUAUAAACAUAACCUACGAUCGGAAUCUACAGCUUUAAAUUUAAGUAUUAGUAAAAAAAUAAGCAUAGCUGCCAAGCAAUAACUGCCAUAUAUUGUUUUAAUUUUGAACAAUUCAAUAGUACAUUCAGUGUUAUGAUUUAAACCUUUCGUUUUUGCAUUUAGUAACUUUUUAAAAAUUUAUCAGGCUUGAAUUGCUGUUGUACUGUCCUAUUAAUGAUAAAUUGACUGUUCCAUAAUGCCCAAAGAAGUACCUAGUUCAAAAACUAUUUCUAAAUGUGAUCACAAUGAUAAUUCUAAAGAUGUACCUGAUAAGAGAUAUGAUAGUGAUAGGUCUUUUAAGUUACCAUCAGUUAAAAUACAGAAGCCUUUCAGUGCCAUACCGAAGAAAAGGACUGAUGUUAUCAAAUGGAAUGGCUGGGGAUACAAUGAUUCUAAAUUUGUGGUGAAGGAUGGUAUUAUUUGUUUCACAGGGAAAAGGUAUCCAAUUGGUGAACUUGAAUUACCUUAUUUUACAGAAUGGGCUAAGAAGUUAUUAAACGUUGAUCCUUUUAAAAUAUGUUUGCCCUGUGAAAUUCCAUUUGAUGAUUUUUUUCCCAAAACAAUCAUAAAUGAAGAUUUUCUCUGUGAAAUUAUGAAUCUGAAAAUUGAACAUUCAGUUGAUGGAUUUGAACGCCUAACAAGAUCUCAUGGUCAAACUUUACAUGAUAUAUAUUCUUUACGAAGAAACAUGGGAAGCAUACACAGAAUUCCUGAUAUUGUUUUAUGGCCUUGCAGCCAUGAGGAUGUAAUGCAUAUAAUUGCAUUAGCCGAUAAGUACAAUGUUGUAAUAAUUCCAUAUGGUGGUGGCACCAGUGUUUCUGGAGCAGUUUCUUGUCCCGAAAGUGAAACUAGGACUAUCUGCUCUCUUGAUACUUCUCAAAUGAAUAACAUAUUAUGGCUUGACAAAAAAAAUCUCCUUGUUUGCUGUCAGACUGGUUUAGUGGGACAAGAUUUGGAAUCAUUUUUGCAGGAAAGAGGUUUCACAUGUGGUCAUGAACCUGAUUCUUAUGAGUUUUCCACUGUUGGAGGAUGGGUUGCAACCCGAGCAUCGGGUAUGAAAAAAAAUGUUUAUGGAAACAUUGAAGAUCUUUUGGUGAACGUCAAAUUAGUUACACCUAAAGGUGUUCUCUCCAAAGAAGGACUUUACCCAAGGCAAUCAACUGGACCUGAUCUGAAUCAUAUUGUUUUAGGUUCUGAAGGUACUCUUGGUGUUAUUACAGAAGUGAUAUUAAAAAUUAGACCUGUGGCACCUAUUAAAAAGUAUGGUUCUAUUGUAUUUCCUUAUUUUGAUGCUGGUGUCGCUUGUAUGAGAGAAGUUGCAAGACAGAGAUGUCAGCCUGCAUCUAUAAGAUUAAUGGACAAUGAACAAUUUCAAUUUGGACAGUCUUUGCGGCCAAAAAAUUCUAGCUAUUGGAGUUCUUUUACAGAAAACUUUAAAAAAGCAUAUCUUAAACAUAUUAAAGGAUUUGAUCUGAAUUUGAUAUGUGUGGCAACACUACUGUUUGAAGGUGAAAAAGACCAGGUUGAACAGCAAGAAACUUUGAUUUAUAAAAUUGCCAGAGAUUGUGGUGGUAUUCCAGCAGGUGAAAACAAUGGAGAGAGAGGAUACAUGCUGACUUUUGUUAUUGCCUACAUUAGGGACCUAGGCUUAGAUUUUAAUAUAGUAGCAGAAUCCUUUGAGACUUCUGUACCUUGGGAUAGAACUCUUACGGUUUGCAGGAAUGUUAAAUAUAUUGUUGGCAAAAAAUGUAAAGAGUUUGGUAUUAAGUAUUUCUUAAUUUCUCACAGAGUCACACAGACGUAUGAUUGUGGUAGUUGUGUUUAUUUUUAUUUUGCUUUUAACUGGGAAGGCCUUUCAGAUCCUGUGGCAACUUAUGGUGAGAUAGAAUCUGCAGCUAGGGAAGAAAUCUUAAGGUGUGGAGGCUCUCUUUCUCACCAUCAUGGUAUUGGUAAAUUAAGAGCAAGAUGGUAUCCAAAACAGGUUUCUCAGCUUGGAGCCAAUUUGUACAGUGCCACAAAAAAAUAUCUUGAUCCAAACAAUAUUUUUGCUUGCCAAAAUCUUCUUCCUUUGAAAAGCAAUCUUUGAAAAGAGGAAAAUUUUGGUUAAACAUUUUAUUUGUUUGUUUUUUAGUAAAAAUUCACUGUAGUUAUAAAUUUUAGAUGCAUUGCACAUGUAAGAUAUAGCUGAGGUGUAUACCAUUUGUUACAAUUUUUGUAAUCUAGUCGAUAUUUUUUUUAGUCAUAUUGGUAGUAUUUAUAGAUUAUUUAUUGUGUUCACCAGCAGAAUUGGUAUAAAUUUAAAUGAAAUCAGUUUUCAUUGUACAUAAAAAUUCAGGUUUAAAAUCUGAUUUAUAUUGUGAAACAUUGAUUUGAUUAAUGUUUUAAAUGAAAUUAAUGUCAGUAUUUUAGUUGUUUUAUGGAUAUCUUUUUAAAUAACUUUUUAUUGAAUUGAUUUAUGUUCUGGGAUGAAAUUUAAAUUGGUUUUUGUUAUUUAUUAUUGUCUUUCAUAUUUUAUGAAAGCCAUUGCUUGAGUUACCAUAAUUUUAUAUUAUUAACUGUUAGCAUAUACAAAUGAUGCUAAAAACCAUCAGAAAGUCUGGUCUCCUUAUUGAAGUAUUAUUGACUAGUCUGAAUUAUUUUUGCCAUGGCUAUCUUAUUGGAUAUAUUGUAAUUAUGAUUUAAGGUGAUUUAUUAGGAAUUUUAUUUAUAAAUUUUCUUAAAUACAAAUCCAGUCAAACCUUUAUGUAGUGAACUUAAAAACAAUUGCAAUUUUUCUGUUAUGUUUACAUACUAAAACAUAUUAUUU